AAGCCAAGCUGACCUUAGCUUGUAGGCUCCAUCAUAUGUGAAAAAUUCCCACAUUUCAUGAACAAAAUUAGUCCAUAAAGUAAAAGAGGAGGCAUUACCAUGACCACGUUGUUGCAGCUCUUGAGCAAGCAUCUUCACUUUUUUCUGAGUCCCUUUGCAUCUUCAACUUUCUGAACAACUUGUAUCAUCGUAAUCAGAGAUCGUCAUCUCUCUCUCUUCCAAACACUCUCUUUUCUUUUCCUUUUCUAUUUACUACUGCUGUUCCUGUUUAGUGGGAGUGCUCUUUUCAGGGCAUUUUCUACGUCCACCCAGGGACAGUUAAUUCCUUUCGUGGGGGCUCAUUAGAGGAAUUGGGAGUUGGGAGUUGUUGAGGAUGAGAAACGUGCUCCGUUGUCUGCGACAAUCGCGACCAGCCUUUCAGAGGCGACAUUGUGUUUUGUUCAGUGUUAAUGGUGCAGAAGAAUCCCCAUGUCAUUUUGGAAAGAGCUGUCAUAUUCACAGUUCAGCUUAUAGAGUUAUUGAUACUGCUGAGACCAACUUUUUCAAAAACCAUUCGUUUGUAGCAAUCACGAGAGCUCUCUCGACCGAUGCUGCAAAACUCAGAAACACAGUUACAGAAACAACCAAAGCUGGGCCUCUUGUUGAGUAUGAACGAAGAAUUGCUAAUGGUGAACUUGUAGAAGGUGAUGCUUGCCAGGUUGACACUCUGUCAGAACUUCAGAGACUAUAUGAUGAGCUUGUUGAGUCUGCUGAUGUCUGCCAACUGGAUCGCAAUUAUGAAAAACCUGUAAGGAGUGGGUGGCUGUGGUCUAGGCUCUUGUCACAUCCUUCUUACUCACCUGUAAAAGGUUUAUAUCUUUUUGGAGGAGUGGGUACUGGUAAAACUAUGCUGAUGGACUUGUUUUUUGAUCAAUUGCCCUCUAAUUGGAGGAAAAAGAGGAUUCAUUUUCAUGACUUUAUGUUGAAUGUACAUAGCAUGUUACAGAAGCACAAGGGGUUGUCAGAUCCACUUGAUGUGGUUGCAGGAGAGAUUUCUGAUGAUGCAAUUUUAUUAUGCCUUGACGAAUUUAUGGUAACAGAUGUAGCAGAUGCAUUGGUACUAAAUCGCUUGUUUAGACAUUUGUUCAACAAAGGCAUUAUUCUAGUAGCCACAUCGAAUCGUGCACCAGAUAAGCUGUAUGAAGGUGGACUGCAGAGGGAUCUCUUUCUACCCUUCAUUGCAUCACUGAAGGAAAGAUGCGUAGUACAUGAGAUUGGUUCAUCAGUUGACUACCGCAAAAUGACUUCGGGCGAAGAAGGAUUCUAUUUCGUUGGGGGAGACUUAUCUGGAUUUCUCAAGCAAAGGUUUCAACAGUUGAUUGGAGAAGGUACAGCUACUCCCCAAGAAGUAGAAGUAGUUAUGGGAAGGAAACUGCAAGUUCCAUUGGGAGCUAACGGAUGUGCCUAUUUUCCUUUCGAGGAACUUUGUGAUAGACCUCUUGGGGCUGCAGACUAUUUUGGGUUAUUUAAGAAGUUCCACACGUUGGCUUUAGAAGGCAUUCCAAUUUUUGGGCUUCACAAUAAAUCAGCUGCGCAUAGAUUUGUCACUUUAGUUGACGUAAUAUACGAGAACAAGGCCAGACUAUUAUGUACUGCUGAGGGGACUCCUCAAGAUCUCUUUGAAAAAAUAGUAACAAUAUCUGAAGCUAAAAAUAUGGCUCCCAGAACCUCUUCAAGAUCAAGGAAAAAUGAUGAUUCUAAUCUUUGCGUGGAUAAUGAAUUGGGGUUUGCAAAAGACCGCACCAUUAGUAGAUUGACAGAGAUUAACAGCAAGGAAUAUUUACAGCAUCAUGCUGCCAUGUUAUCAGAAAAGAAGGAAAGUAUGGAUCAGAAUGCCCUUGAAGCCUGAAGAAAGCAUCGAAAACAUCUUCAUAUUUUGGUUCCUACUGUUGUAGCUUAUGGUGUGAAAGUGGAGUAAAUUGAUCGUGAGCAACCAAAAAUUUAAAACAAAAAGAAAUCCAUAUGCAGCGCAUUAUGAUUUGGCUGAGUUUGGUUCUUAUUGUUGCCUCGUUAAUUUUCAAUAAAAAGCAAGUGUAGAGAGCUUUAUAUUGCCACCUGCACUGGAAGAGAGAUGUUAGAUAGUAUCAAUUAGUUACUAGCAUAUCCAAAAAUGUAUAAUCUGUGUAAUGCAAAAAUUCAAAUAAUUUAUAUGGAUGUUGAUCUUCCUAUCUACAUUCAUUUAUUUUUAA